AUGGACAUAGCUUUUCACCUUACUCUUAAUCCCUUCCAGGCCUUGGCCACCUUCAUUAUCCCAUCUUCCGUUACCCGCCGUCCCCCUAAUCUUCCCAACCUUUUCUUUAAUAUGCGAGAAAAUCUUAUCAACGGUUGUCUUAUCAGUGCCACCAAACUUCCCACCGAGGUUCCCAAUCGCCUGGUCGACUUCACUGACCGCAGACUGAAGCUUCACCUGGAUUUCACUCUGAAACUUGCCGACAAGUCCCUGCUCCGCCAACUUAAUUUGUUGUACAGCACCAUUGUCCAGAAUGUUCUUUGCAUCUUCAAGAGCUUUUAA